GGAGUCGCAACAAAGAGGAGGAGGGGAUUAGAGUGAGCAUUGCUCCCUUUUUUCUCCCCUUUUCAUCACUAUCAGUAUCUUUCCUGAGUCACAACCUCUCAGAAACAGAUCUUGUGUAUUCAUGUUCCCCUUUUGAAUGUGAGCUCAUUCAUAGAGAGGGUUCACGUCCUAGAGUGUCUACUCCAGCCCGUAGUGUCUGUGGUGUGCGUGUCAUUGAAUGAAAGAGAGGAAGAGAAAGAGAGCGAGAGAGAGAGAGAAAGAGGGGGAGUGAGCAGGCAGACUCGGAGGGAAGAUCUCAGGGGCAACAGAUCUGGUUUGCUCGGCUGAAAGACUGAACACUACAGGAUGGGUUUCUGCAGGAUGUAAAGGCGCAUAAGGAGCUGCCACAAACACUGAAAAGGUCUGUAACUCUUCUUUUUUUUGUCACUUACUGGCUGCUUUAAAAUGUAAACGUGAAACGACAUGAGCAAAAUAUUUUUACAGAGAGACAGAGCAGAGAUAGGGUAAUUGUUAAAUGCAAAGGGCCGUUAUUUUACUCAAAUUGACUCUGUGUUAUAACCGUUUGCAGAAUUUUAGUUAGCGACAAAAACUAUUGACACAGAGAAGAGAAAGAUGAGAAAAAGUUAGAGGGGAAGAACGCACGAGUCGGUUUCAUUCACAAACUCCAGAAAAAAAGCGGGCUUCUUCAGUGGCGGUUGAGGAAAGGAGGGAAGGAGCGGUUGGUGAUGAGUGAAGUAAUUGUUCUGCCAAAUGGGAGGGAAAAACAGGAGAACAUGAAGUGUGAGACUGGGAUAGGAGCGUGGUUGUUUCAAAUGAUGCAGCCUCGUCAUUAAUGUAAGCAUGAGCUGCAUUAAGACAAAAAACAACUUGAUUUACUGGCUUUCACUCUCAGAAGUAUCAGGUGUGAUCAAAUGAUACGAGGACAAGGUUUACAAAUACAAUUUAACAUUCAGACAUCAAUGUAGACAAGCUUAUACCUCUUAUUCAAAACGAUCACUGUAACCUUGGUUUUAACUCAUGUUACCUUUUAACCAGUUGUACUAUCCUCUUUGAAACACCCCUGACUUAUGAAAUCCUCACUUUCAUGCCCUAAAUAUCAGACAGAAUCAGAGAGCAGUAGAACAGCAGUGAUCAACCCCUGCUGUAGCUUUGAGUGCACUCAGGUGCACUGACAUUUUGUCAUUCAAAUUUAACAGAAAUGAAUAAAAACAUUAGCUUAUUGUUUUUGAGAAUCAUUAAAAUUCCACCUCCUUUGCUUGAUUGAGCCUUGCAUGUCAUUAAGUGCCAAAUGUUGCUUUUGCUCCUGCUGUUACGUGGUCUUCUAAAGGACACAGUUUAAGGUUUAAACCAAAACUGUUCAUAUUGAAGAGACUUGUGGUUUCUAUACAAGGAAAUGGCUGAAAAAGUUCAAGACACCACUUUCUUCAUAGUUUCAUCAUUCCUGCGUAUCUCUGACCUGUGGGUUAUCUCUGGUAUUUGGACUGCAGAGGUCAUUCAGAAUUCAUGUGCUUGAGCCUCGGGUCUUGUGUUUUUCAGCAGAUCUGGUGGAGAAUAUGAGACAUUUGGAAAUUUGGAUUACUUUUACCUCCUGGUUAUCAAAACAGUUGAGCUUCCACUGUUCAUUAUAUGCCUGUGGAAGUGCAGAACAACAUGUGUUAACCUUCUUGUAGUUUACAUAUGUGCAUGAAUGUUGGAUGAAUUUGUCUGGUAUUACAGCUUUCGACUGAGCUUGUCUUUGUGCAGGCAUUUGGAGUGAAAACUGAAAGUAUGCACACACACAAAUGCACAAAACAAUACAACCCAAAUGCCAUGACAUUUUGCAAUACAUAGAUCUCGUCCAUAAUUCAUAAAGUGAAGAGCUAACAACCAAAACUGAACAGACGACAGACUGGAUGUCACUGAGGGGUGAAGUUUUUGUCCAUAUUUGCAUUUGCUGUAUAAACAGACAGUUAAAAUUUUAGCCAUUUCCUGUCAAUGAAAGAGACUCCUGAGACUCCAAGGCUGUCUGUGUUUGACCCUGAGUAGAUGAGGUACGGUGAAUAUAAACAAGCCAUCUGCAAACAUGAUUCUUUUUAUAGAAACAAAACAAACAAACACAGAUUAAUCUGCCGAAUAAACCAAUAGAUACAAUUAUGGGUUAAUUUUUAUGUAAACUUUACUUAGUAAUCUAAAUUAAACAGCCUCAAACAACCAACCUCCAUACAUCUUAACAGCAUCAAGUUGCUAUUCCAGUAUGGCGAAUUUAAUCAGAUUCAUUUAAAUAAAUGUCAGCCAGUAUUAAAAACCCACUCCCUUUAUCAUGUAAAGAGGGUUUCAAAUCAGACAAAAUGUCCUAAACACACACAGCUCUACAGCUGUAAGAGUGAGGAAUAUUCUAAUGAAAUGGUGAGAGAAACGAGAGUGAGAAACAGAAUGGGAAAGUAGAGCAGAGGAAGCUUCGUGGCACAGAGUCUCAUGAGGAGCUUUACUGAGCGUGCUCAACCAGCAGAGGAUAAGAUUGUUUGAGGAGCGAUUUGUGGAGCUCAGAGAGGCAUUUGAUCAGGACAGAAAAGAAGGAGCUUUGGAGGUCAAGGCCCAUCGUCUAUAGAAACAGCCUGAUGUUGGACAAAACAUGUGCUAGAGUCCAGAUCGAACAAAGAAAGGUGAAGCGGAGAGAGCGACCAAAGUGACGGGUAAUGUACUCCAGGAAGCCGAGUGGAAAGAGAGUUGUAGUGAUCGCUAAGGGGAGACAGAAUUUAUUCAAAAGCUCUUGACAUAGCCAAGAGGGCGAUGCUAACACUGAAGAAGCUGAAAAACAAGAUCAUAAAAAAGUCAUAACUGGCAGUGAAAUGAGAGAGCACUUCUGCGAGGAGCCAUUGAUGAGCUCCAGGCUGGCAGGCUCGGGAGGAAACAGGAGAAUAAGUAGGCUGAGGCAGAAGAGUCUUGAAAUGCUUGAACUCCACAUGGCUCUGUGUGUCUGGAAGAGAAAGGAAGACACUUCAUCAAUUUUAAGCUGUUAUAAAAGGACUAAGAUUUAAGUAGACUUAAUGCAAGUUUAAGAACUUUGGGCUCGGGUGAUAGCUGGUCCUGAAGUAUUGCUCCUAAAGAACAGUCAGGCCCUUUGCCCUUUACAUCUCAUAGGAACAGCUACUAUCAGUUUUAUCAUCCUGGAGCAGCAGACAAACAAUAAAUCUGAUAUAUGUAGUCAACAAACAUCAAUAAGCGCCUGUUUUCCAUCAAAGCUGAUUUUUUUUUUGUGCUGGCAGGACUCACAAUGUUUUUUUCCCUGAAUCUGAACAGGCUCUUACAAUUGCUUGGUUAGUCAUCCUACCAACUUUUGGAUCCUUUCAUGCUGACUGAUAAGUCUAUUCUAUAACCUGGCUUUCUUACUUAUCACCCAGCUAUGUGAAAUAGUUGGUUGUGAUUGUUCAAAAUCUUUGACUAAGAUAAUGAUUUCUAAAUAGCAAGAACAAUGCCAGUAGCCAGAGGGCAGUGAACUGAACUGAGCUGCAUCAUUUUAACAACAUUAAACAUUGAGAAAAAAAAAGGUAAAGUAUGACUGCAUGGACAGAAAAAAGCAAAACAUAUAACUUAAAUAGAUUAGGGGAGAGUGGAGUAAGAUGAGCUAUUUUUGAUAUAUCGGAUCACUACUUCAAGGCAAUCAUAGUUUUGUCUCUAACUAGUGAAUCAGCAAAUAUUUCAGGAUGUUGUGCAUCCCUUCAAACCAACAGAAUGAGUGUAAACAGAACUGUCUUGAUAAUAUAGCAUGCCGAAAAAAAGUGGUCUUCUAUGGUCAACUUACCCCGUGUAUGGGGUCAACUUACCCCGUGUAUGGGGUAAGUUGACCAUAGGAGCAGGGUAAGUUGAGCCAUAUCCCUACUACCCCCCACUCUUCACCCCAGCUUACCCCACUCUCCCGUACAAGUAUUUAAACUAAUCUGAAUUACAACACACAGAUAAAUAACUCAAAAUACAAAAAUGUGGCGAAAUGAAUUAAAACACAUUUCCUUAACUCUUCCAUUCCGACAGUGAUCUAAACACUAAAAACAUAUUACUCUGGUUUAACUUCUUAAAACAGUUUAACGUGUUAAAAAUCUUUAAAAUCACUUAACAAAAUGGCUCAACUGUGGUUCCUCCACAGGAAAGACAAAUGUGAAAAAAUAUACGCGAAGUAUUUUAAAAAGAAGCGUCCUUCACCUACUGCUAACCGACGAUUGCUUCAGGGUAAAAACAUACUGCCUGUUCAAAAAACAUUUAUUGUUCACAAGGAUACAACCGCUAUUCAAUAAAACUCAGGAAAUGAAUCUUAGCAGUGUGACAAAAGAGUCACAAAACGAUUCCUUCAGUUACAAAUCAAGUUUAAGUGAAAGUUACAUUACCUGCAAAUUGUUUGACCACAGGUGUUGGCGUCCUGCUCAUACGACAGCUUGGUUAUUGACUGAACUGCGCAUGUGCGGAACACGUUGCCAUGUUCUCUUUAGCAGCUUUACAGAGCAGCUAUCACACCAUCUAUUGGUAUAGAGACGUAACGCCAUAUAAAACUAUAAAUAGGAGAGAUAAGUUCUUUAUUCCCUUUUAAGUCAACAAAAUCCUCUUCAAAUGAAAAUUUGGUGUCAGGUUGGUUAUGACUUUUGUCAGUAAGUAGGUAAAUAAACAAGGUGAUGUAUGGUGAAAGGUGGGACAACACUUUCAUCCCAAAUCAUAUGGUAUUGUAUCAUAUCAUAUAGCCUAUCUCUGGCUUACCCUGUCAGUGCACAUGAAAUGUCUCUUAUAUUUACUACUCGUCUGUCCGCGAUGUGUAGAUGCAGAAGGAGGCUCUGUGACACUGGUCCUCUACAUCCUCUGUUUGUCUCUAAGUUAUAUUUCUUUAACGUCUACUUUACCAUCUGUGUUACACCUAUCUGAUCUGUGACCUGCGAACCCCCAACAGCCAGGAUGUCUGGACCAGGUACCAGAAAAGAGACACAAGGCCCACACCUCACCCUUUGGUUAUCUCUGGCAAUCCUUGGGAAAUUAAACACGUUGCAUGUUGGUGCUGUACUCCAGAUACCACAAGCGUAACAGGUCCAACCUACCCAAUGGGCCAUGACCUUAAUUGCACAAAAGGUUCUUCUUCUUCUUCUUCUUCUUCUUCUUGGGUUGGUGCAUACUAAUAUGACAAAUACUAUCCAAUUCCUUGUUGAAAAGGCAACUGGACUUGCUUCAGGUUCAGUUGCACUUUCAGUGAAGAAUUGGAUAACCCUGACCUGGAUGAAAGAGAAUCCACACAGACGUUAUACAUAUUAGCAAAAUAGUUUAAUAUGCGUUGAGGACACUUGGGUUGCCAGGGCUUCUGAAGGGAUGCUGAAGGAAGUGUUGUCUUUUGUACUUCUGCACUAGCAAUGCCAAAGGUUUCUGCUUGGAGAAAAGCCCACAGGUUAAGUAUGAAAAAGUAGGCAGUAAGUGCAAUAGUUAUCUCAGCUGGACCUAUGAUCUUGCCCAUAUUAGAGUCAGGCCUUAAAUUCAUAGACAUAUGUGGCUAACAAAUGAUUCCAACUGGGUGCAGCAAACAUAAAAUAGGCGUGAGAUUCUCUACAAAAAAGGGAGUUCAGCAGAUUUGGCUGGUAUCCAACAGAUUACAUUUUAAAAUGGCAGCAAAUGAGAGCGAUCGUGUAUGUUGGAAGAAAAAGCAGGAUGCACUAGCUUUGUUCUAACAUACCUUACUAUCUGAAGAAUGUCACGAGCCAAGAUCGACUCAACAUUUAUGUAAUUUUCUUCAAUUAAGAUGUAUCAUUUCCCCAGUUGGCCCUUGGUGUUCUCGGUUUUGUGCUUGCAGCCAUACAAAGGAAAAUUACUAUUGGUAUUUAUUGUGUGUAGGCGUGUGUGUAUGUGUGCGUGUUUGACCUCCUCAGCCUCAGUGGGACUGCAUGGCCUGCCCUCUUAAAGUAGAUUAGCUCGAAAAAGAACUGAACGCACCUUGUUGCCUGGAUACAAAAAGCAUCAUCAUGCCUAAUUAUCAGCCACUUUGCUCACAGUGAACAAGCUUCAUCGCAGAUUUGAAAACAACAUAUCAUUAACAACAACAACCUAUACAGAGCAGGAGAGGAGAGAGUGGGCGGGAAUGACAGGAGAGAAGCAGUGGGUAAGAUGAAGAAAGGUGGUGGAGAAGUGGAAAUAAGAGCCAAGGGAUGCAGGGUAAAUUGGUGGGCAGGGAAAUCAGUGUCAUGCACAUGUAGCGUUCUGAUGACUGACACAUUUCCAGUAGAAGUUGCAGACUGAGGAGGAUUUUGGAGUUAUGAGAACACAGGUGGACUUGUUUUUCAUUAUAAUUAUCAAUAAAAUGUUGUUUGUUAAAGAACCGAGGCCAAGAGACUCGCAUAAUCUAAAAAAAUAAAUAAAUUAAAGUGAUAAUUAUGAGAGAACAGCAAGAUAGAAAAAAACAACUGAAUAAAAAUACAUAAAAUAUAACCAGUUGGAAAUCAUUAAACGGAGGGAAGGACUGUGCAUACACAGUGAAUAUCAGUACUCCGACUCUGAAAAGUUGCUGUAGAGAGGCAGACGAUAUAAGUCAACAAAAGUGGCAUGACACUUUUUCAUUGGGCUUGGGAGACCACUGGGAGUAUUUGAUAAAGAAAACAGAGUUAGGGGCAAGAAAGCAUGCAAUCAUAAAGGGAAAGAGAGAGCAGUCCAACUCAUCCCUCCCUCAUUACACUCUGUAUCUCCCUGAAGGUACAGUGGGCUGUAAAUUAAAGGGAGCGGACAAGCGGGGAGAUGUGGAUGACUAUGAAAGGGUAUGAAUAAGUGGGAAAGAAAAAAAUCUGAGUCCAGAGAGGCUUGCUAGGACUUCAAGAAACACCAACAGUCAAUAGUGGAUAAAAAAAAAAGCAAGUUUUGUACAAACAUUGACAUUUAUGGCUUAAGGGAAUAAGUUGGGUCCAAAGUAGUGCCACACAUUUAUUCAUAUGAGUGGCCUGUUAAACUUCCUAGAUAGGCAGGACACAAUUGCACAACACCAAUCGGUAGGUCUAAAACAGGCAAGGUUUAAUACACGGCUAUGACUAUGAAAAUGAUGCUGGUACGAGGACUUUGAGGUACAACGAAUGGCUAUGUGACAGUGAGAGACACAAGGUUAAAUAGAAGAGGUAAUGAGGGUGAUGGAAACAGGUGGGUGGAAGCAAUCAGGAUGCGGCUGUGACAAGACGGGGGCACGGCGGAUCUUGAAAUAGAGACAGGGGUUAGUGAUUUCAAAGUAAAACAAGAAAGACAUGACAUGAAUGUGAAAACAUAGAUGUGCAAAAAAUAGAGGAAACUAAAUGGACGAUAGCAACAUUUUUGAAUUAUCUUCUGGUGUUAAUUCAAUGUAUACCAGCUGAGAAGGCUGGAACAGCAACACUUUAUGUUAGUAGCAAGAAACCUGAAAACUAGUUAGUUAUGCUAGCGUUCCAGCAGUAGAUCUGUUUUAAAAUCGCUGUGAUUGGCAAACAUAAUUGUCAGUAAUCAUAUAAAUGUUACUUUAAGGUAUUCAAUUAAAAAAGUUCGACCCUAAUACUGAUCAUAUUUAACUGUCACAUUGAAGCUCCCAUAGAGAAACCUCUGGUUUGUGCUGCUUUUGGAAACCUUCCUGCAAAAGCAGUUAUGAUCAUUUUGCUUAUUUAGUGGCAUAUGGAAGUGUUUUCUUAAUCAAAUGUCAAAUUAAAAAAAAUCUCCUACAUGCAGUUUUGGGUAGCUGGAGUCUGGCAGGUACUUUAGUGACUUACUUCUCUUUGUUUGUUUUGGUAGGUCACACAGAGGUGUUUGAAACCAGUCAGUUUUAUUACAAGCAAAAAGUCCUGCUAGAUGUUUUAGUCAUGGUACUGGUAAUAAUUUAUGAAAAAUUAAACUUAAAAUUCUGUAAUUAGUCUGGCAGUAACAGUUUAAACAUUAGCACACAGCUAACUGAACCUAAAGCUAACACCUGCACUCAACUGUCACUAAUAGCACACAGCUACACAUAUCUUAUCCUUAUAUAGCCAAAUUCCUUGUAUUAACGCAACCGCAAUCUUUUGUUUGGUCCCAAUAACACCAAUUUUAUUUUGCUCUUACCUGUAAAAGCAUAUUUAUCACCACUUUAACCUCACAUUGUGCAUGCCACUUAGCAGAGUUGAUUUCAUCUGCAUGCUGAGCCCAGAAAUCAGUCUGCUGAUUUUAUUUCAUAGUGGAACUUAAGAAUGUUUUGUCCUGACAAAAAUACAUUAAAAAACUGUUUUGAAAAGGGGAAGGGGUUAGGAAGGCUCGAACAUUUUAUUCAACAGACUCCACUUUGUAAUUCCCGGCCGCAAAAAUAAACUAUGAUGGUUUUUACAUGGGGACCCUACACGCAGAUAGAAGUUUACAGAGAUAUGUGGUUGGUGAUAUGCUUAAUUCUUCUCUUAUAGCUAUAAUGUGACAAUACAUGGUCUAUAGUUAAACAUAUAAAACAUAUAAUCACGAAAUGGAGAGGUAAGGAGGAGCAAGCUAACAGAUACUGUGUAAUGAGCAAGAACUCUGCUGAACCCUGAAUGCUGACCUCCUCCUUUCAUUCUGGUCUCUUCUUUGAAGUGUUUUUCUCCACUGUCAUGGAUCAAAUCACCAGACACAAGAGAGGCCUAACCUAAAUACAUGAAAGCCCAACACUACCCUCUGUGUCUCUGAGUAUUUCCUCAUCGCAGAUCAGAUCUUCGAGUUAGUUUUGUUUCACACAGUAAUUGCAGUGGAACAUUAUUAGCUGUUAUUAUAAGCAGUGGAGGAGGGUUAGCUCUCAGCUGUCUUUGUGGAAGCUGAUUAUGUGGAGGUUAAUUUCAUCAGAUAAGGGUGCCUUCUUUUAUGAGCAAAAGCAGCUGAGGGCACAAAGCCUGACAGGCAUUCAAUGAGACAAGGACUCCCCCUGCUGUUCCUUAUUACGAUUUAGUUUCUACUCCUGACUCCCACCAGUGAUCAGUUCUUAAAGUUUUAAUAGUCUAAUUGGAGACUGACACAGGAUUACAUUAAACAGUUUUUUUCUUUUGUACAGAAAAAUCAGAUAUAACAUAUCAAAAAAGACAUAAGCAUUAGAUGUCUGCUCUGUGUCAGAUUCUCUAAAGUGUUAGCCUUUAAUUAGAGUUGCUUGUUUUUCUGUUAUUCUUUGUAAAAAAAAAAAAGUGUAUACAGGUGUCAACAAGCAUCUGCAUACUGCAAGUGUCCUAAAGAAGGAAAGUAUAACUCUUGACAGCUCUAGCAAACCAAGAGGAAAUUUCUCCAACAGGUUAUUUAAAUUAAAAUGUUUCCGUCUUUCUUUUGUUUCACAUUAAAUCUCGCAUCUUCUGUUUUUCUCACAUGCACAUCUCUGUCAAUGUCAGCCAGGAUGUCGGGGAUGGACAUCCCGUUGGGAAACCAUAAUGAGACUGGAAUCCCUCCGAUAGACAACGGCACCUUCCUCCGUUUCUCCCCAACCUCUUCUUCCACAUCUGCCGCUGCCUCGUCACCAGGGCGCCAAGGCAACGUGUAUGUUUACGUGUGGCUCUUCCUUGGCCUGCUGGUUUUCCUGCUGACUCUGCUCAUCAUCUCCCUUCACAGGCUGAAGAAUAUCAUCUCCUCUUCCUCCUCUGUCCCUGACUGCAGCAGUGAGGGAGGGAGCUCCUUUACAAACAUGGAGAUUUGCAGCAUCUCCUCUCAGAGAUCAACCAUCUCCUCACUUUCCACCUGAGUGAAAUGGGAAGGAGCACAUGCAGAUGCACAGGCAUGUGUAUGUGGAGGUGCAUGCAUGCAAACAACAGACAGGCAUGCCCAGAGUGUUUUCACUGUGAUAAACAAGCACAAAAACACUUUGUCAGGCACAAGGACAGCGUGAUUUUACACUUCUUGCAUGCAUAUUAAUCCAGAUGAUGCAUUUGCAAAGGCACAUGGGAAUUAUGCUGUAGCUCACAAUGUAGUGGACAUCCCUCACAGGAUAAGAGUGACUGAACACUUGGUGUCUUAUUUCAACGACUGCAGGCCGAGAAACAAAAAUACGUCUCUUUUUCUGCAGGAAAUGUAAACAAGGAACUAUUAUUUUCAUCUCUUUCUUUUUGAAAAAACUUAAUUCUUGUACUGUACUCGACAUAUUAACUGUAGAACGAAUAACAAAGUGAGGCUUUGAACAGCAUGUCUUAAAAUGUCUGGCACUCUGCAAAAGCAGUAUUACAGUCACAAUAAAGAACACUACUUUGUUCCUUAGACUUUUGACAGGAAGUCAGCCUCUCAAUGCAGAUGCAAAAACAUCAAGUGAAAGGGGGCAUGAAUAGUAAGAUGACAUUUUGGUUCUGAAUGACAGGUCUAGCAGUGUGACGGAUUACUCGCUCCUUCCUGUCAGCUCAUAUGGCGUCUGAUUGCCGCCGUCUCCAUAGUACUGAAGCAUAAAAGCCCUGUGCAGCUGUCAGCCUCGUCUGUAUCGCAGGCUUUAGAUACAGUGAGGGCUGAGUUUUUCUCCGACAUUGUAAUACAAUACAUCACAAAUAAUGAAAAAAUGGUUUUGAUGACAAAUAUUUAGAAAUGUAGAGACAGCUGCAAAACUAAAACCAACACAGGAAAAGGAAUCUGGUGAGGCUCCAACAAAAGAUGAACUGUCUAAUCAGCUUCCUAGUACACAAAGUCACUUUAAAAAAAAACCUUUCUGGUACCACAGAUAAGAAACAUAAUCACCUUUUUUCUCUCUAGUUUCUUUACUGAAUUUAGAUGAGAAAAUAUUCAAGUACGACCACUGGUUCAUAAUUUCAGCUUUUAUUGAAUUUGUGUGCACACCUGCUGAGAAGACUGUUUUCAGGCCAACCAAGGUGAAGUAAGCAAGAACUAUACUGACUUAGCAUUGGAGUUAUACAUAUUUUACAAGUUGAAAGUGUUAUUAUUUUAGGUUGUGAGAAUAUGCACACAAAGUAUAUAACCCAUCUUCAUUGCCAACAUUUCCCUCUCAUCCUAUAUUUCUAGUUUGGUAACACUUUACUUGACAUCUAUCUUUAUAAUACAUUAUAAACAUAUGUAUAAUGCCUUAUAAUCACGUUAUAAUCACAUUAUAGCGCUGUAUAACUGUAGUUAUAAACACUCAUAAAUGAUCAUAUUGCUUUAUAGCAAGAAUCAUAACACAUUAUAAAGCAUUUUAUCAUUACUUACAAGGUCAGGUAUUAUAAUGUGUUAUAACUGUUAACAACUCACUGACAAUGCCCACAUAGAUAAUGCAUUAUACAUAUAUUUAUGAUGUGUUAUAAUUUGCUUAUAAACUUGUUUAACUAACAUUAUAAACACUCAUUAAUUAUCAUAAGGCUUUAUAACAAUAAUCAUUACACAUUAUAAUACCUGACCUUGGAAGUCAUGGUAAACUGCUCUGUAAUGUGUUAUGAUUAUUGCUAUAAAGCAUUAUGAUCAUUUAUAAGUGUUUAUAAUGAUAGUUAUACAAGUUUAUAAGCAAAUUAUAACACAUCAUAAAUACAUGUAUAAUGCAUUAUCUGUGUGGGCAUUGUCAGUGAGUUGUCAACAGUUGUAACACUAACAAAAACCUGACCUUGUAAGUCAUGAUAAAAUGCUUUACAAUGUGUCAUGAUUAUUGUUAUAAAGCAUUACGAUCAUUUAUGAGUGUUUAUAUCUAUAGUUAUACAGCGCUAUAACGUGAUUAUAACACAUUAUACAUACAUUCAUAAUGCGUUAUAGAGAUAGGCAUCAAGUAAAGUGUUACCACAAGUUUCACAGGUCUGAAUACAUAGAAAUGAAAAUCUGACACUUUUUAUAUGGCCUAGGAUUUUCAAGAAAUGACCCAGUAUUUGUUUUGUUUUAAUCAAUUCGCCCACUUUCAAGGGUGCGUCCAUAACCUUUGAAGUGUAAUGCAGAAACUCCAAGCACAUGAGUUCAAGUCUACACUAUCUCCUGACAAAGACAACAAACCAAAUUCAAACAUAAACAAGGCUUUGUAUAAUCAGUUUACUGUUUUUGCUGCUUUAAGUAUUAAGGAUUUGUUUGAAGGAGAAGACAAUGCAGGACCGCCUUACAGAUGGAGGAGGCACAAAGCUUAUUAUGGAAAUGUAGAAAAACAAGUUGUUUCUUGUAUGUCUGGCGAAAGGUCUGACUACUUACAAAGUAACACUACAAUAUAAAAGGUCUAAAAUGGAAAUCACAGCAAUGAGAUAAUUCAACAACAUAGUCAAGUGUGUCUUUAGCGAACCAUUGUGACUCAAGAGUCCUUUGAAGUCCUCUUUUGAAGGAUGAUUCCUAUUGGACUUGUGACUUCUAUCUACUUCAAUAAGCUGUCCUUCAUGCCCGGCUCUCUCUGCUGCUUUCAUAAAGGAAGAAAAUAAAAAAGAAAUAUUGAGUAAAGUUGAAACUGUGACCAAUAAAUAGGCGAGUCAUCAAAUUCUUUGCAUAUUUUAUUUUUCUUAUCAUGAUUUUUUUUCAACUCACACAUGUCAUAUUUUACAUCUUUGCAAUAAAACAUGAAUACAAUAGUUUUUAGGGUUUCAUAGAUCCAAAAAUAUUUAACCUUUUUUUGGAUACGUAAGUUGAACCUGUUGAUAGAGUAUGUGCAUGUGCGCAUUUGAUCAAGAUGGCUUCACACAUACAGAACGUCUAACAUUCCUCCCCCUUCACCUCGCCGCCAUCCUCCUCCUCCUCCUCUUUCUCCUUUGUCUCUAUCAGCUACAGAAUCAUGAUAUUGCUUACAACUGUGAGGUUGUAAAACCUAAUAAUCACACAUGAGCUCAACGUUUUUUUAAAUACAAACAUCAAUGCACAAAUAAUCCCGUCGGGGAAAAAUGGACCUAAACAAAAUGGCAGCCGACCAGAAAGAACCAAGCUAAUAAAUAAUGAUAUGUGAUUGGUGCAAAGUGCAAAUACAAAACAAACUUUUACAUUGAUUUGAUUCUCUUUUUUAAAUAAUCAACAAAUGUGGGUAAGUGAAGGUUUUCCUUUGCGCUUUCAGUCUUAUUCAGCUGAUUAAGUCUCCCACUGAGCCUGAACCAAGACUUUAUGUACAUAUUUGACAAAACAAUCACCAAUAUACAAAGGAAAUCAUGUCAGUCUUCUGUUCGUCGUCCUCGGUGGCACUGGCAACACCUCUUCAUCGUUACCAUCUCCGGCAAAUAUAUCACCAUCCUUGAUACCGCCAUUUUUACCAUUAGUCUCGUCAACAUUUUAAUAAUUAUUACACAAUAUUUUACAUACAGCAAGUCAUUAAUAAAUUAAAGGUGAUAAGCGCAGUUUGUGUAGUGAAAGAACAGGUGUAGACUCUGACGGAAGCAGAGUCUUAUUUACAUUAAAAUUAGACUUAAACCUGCUGCAGGUAAAAGAAAGAGAGUAAAGGAACAUAAAAGAGAAUUAAAAAAAAAAAAAGACUGGAUAAGAUUGAAAUCAUACGCCCCAGGUAAAUUUGUGAGGGAGAAUUUAAGAUCGAGCCAAUAGCACCGGUUUUUGAAUAGUGGGUAGGGCUGGUUUAUUUCUGACCAUUUCUAAUCAGACUACACACGAUAGUGAGUGAAGGAGUCUUAAUUUAAAAUCCACCCAAAUGUAACCCAGUGACUGAACACCCUUCCAACAAAAAGAAAAGGAAGAGAAUGAGAAAGAAGAGAAGUACAAGAAAAAAAACAAAAGUAGAUUCUUUGUCUGUGAAGCAUUAAGCGUACCAGGAUUUUCCAGAGUCCUGUGAGUGGUACCGGUAUGAUCGACCCCUACAAGGUCUGCCUGACUUGCUCUUUUUCCAUUCUGCAGUCUGUCUAAGUUAUGAGCAGGUUUUGGUGUGAAUCCUCAGAGUAUAGUGUGUCUGUGGUCACUCGCAUGUGCACAUUCACGUAUGCACAGACAGAAGUUAUUUCCACCAGUGCUGCCGCGUCUUCCAAUCAAGUAAACUUCACAUAGAAAUAGAGCCUAAAGGUCCGGUACUUGUUUUGACUUCCUCUCUAGUUUUCUACGCGUUGCGGAUACGCAGCAGAAUGCAUCAUCUCCUCUCUCCUUCUUGUUCUCUUUUUCACCCUCCAUCACUCUUCCUCUUCCGCGCUGUCAACCUCAGUACCUGUUCUGGUGUUCAUAGUGCCAGCGGUUGAAGUCUAUGUUGAACGCAACGAUGCUGCCGGACGCCAUGCCAGUGAUUAAAGUUCUGAAAGCAGAGCACACAGGAAGACACAUGAGAAAACCACAAAUGACCCAUAAAAAUCACUUCAGUAACACUUUACAAUAACCAUAAUUUAUAAAUGGUAAAUAUAUAGUUUAUUAAUGUUUAAUCAUCAUUUAAAAACAGCAUAUAGACGAAUUGUAAAUGGCAAAUAGAUCGUUUAUUAAUGUAAGUUAAUAGUUACUUUAACAUUAACAAGCAAUGAAAUUAUGAUUAAUAAUUUUCAUUAAUUGUUAAUGGAAUAUUUAUCGAAGGUUUAGGGUUUAAAUAUUAGUUGUAAAACAUCUAGAUUAAAAUGUGUGUCAGUUGCACUUUGUAAAUGGUUUGUUUUUAAACCAUCUAUAAAAAUUACUUAAAUGGUUUUUGUAAAGUUGCAACUGAUGUUUUUAACACUUUGUAAAUGAUUAAAAAGUAGUUUAUAAACCACCUAUAAACAUUACUUAUAUGGUUAUGGUAAAGUUAGGGUCAGGGUUUUAAAAUGGUAAAAUUUACAAUUUAUUAUGCUAUUUAUAAAUAAUGAUUAAACAUUAAUAAACUAUCUGCUUACCAUUUAUAAAUGGUCUCUUUACCAUUUAUAAUUAUUUAAGUUAUGGUUAUUGUAAAGUGUUACCAUCACUUCUUUUCAGGAUCUCCACUGCACUGAAUGUAAAACCCACUGACACCAUUUAUGACCAGUAAGCUCUCCCAAAUGAAAACACCAGC